GAUUAGGAUUGUAUCUCAGAGCUCGCUUGUGAGCAAAUAUAGUGAAGUUGCUGGUUCGAUCCCAGCUCCGGUGAGCUAUAGCGGCCUUUCCGGUACGGAGAGGUGCGGUGAACACCGGGUCAACAUAUCGUCGUGUCUUCUUCCGCUUUAUACUUGUGAUUGAGUUGAUUACAAGUCAAGAUCAAGGAGAACGAAUCGUACAAAUCAGUUCUUAAAUAAGGACUUCACUCUAAGAACCCCGAGUUAAUCAUGGUCUAAGAACAACUCUCCCAACAUUCUCAUGGGAUAUUCUUUAGCUACCUCAGGUGAUUUACUCUUUACAGGAUCAGACUCCAAGAACAUUAGGGUUUGGAAGAACCACAUCGAGUUCUCCACGUUAAAGUCUAAAGCGGUUUGGUUAAAGCUAUGGUUCUUGCAGCAGACAAGAUAUUCACCGGACAUCGAGACGGGAAGAUCCGUGUUUGGAAAAUCUCGUCUAAAGACUCGAGCGUUUUCCGUCUGGUAUAUUAUUAUCCAAUUCAAUGGCUUUUUGGUAAAACGAAAAGGUAGGUCAAUUUCCAGUCCCCAAACCGAAUAAAUCCGCUAAUAUACCCAACGUCCCUACUGAAAUUAUGAUGAGAGGCUAUUCCUCGAGGAACUAGAAAUUAAACAUUGAUCUGCCAUGUGGUUGACCCCAAAAGAAAUUAAUAAAAUGUGAAUAUGUAAUGUGGCCACGUGGGUUAAAUCAGCCAUGAUAAACUCUGAAAUACACAACAAACCCAAAUACAUGUACAAAUUUAGUUACAGAUUUUUCAGUCAAACAAGAAAAAUAGUUAUAGAUUUGUUAAAUCUUCAAUUAUUUGCAAGAAUGCCAGGCAAGUGAACCAAAACGGAUCUCGACUCAGACCGGAUUUUAGGGUUACCAUUGGUGGCAAGGAACUGAAGAGCGCGCAAGGCCUUUAUUUUGAUGGUAACCCGAGGAGUCAAAGUCAGGCUUCGCAUCGUAUUGCUUCAGGAGUGACGGUGUGGUGUCUUUUGUGUCUUGCCACAUGAGCAGCUCGUGUGGCUAUGCGAAUGAGUGUCUCAAAGUCUUUGCUUCUCACAGCUCUUGUUUUUCUGUUUUGUCUCUUGACAUCUUUUGUAAGUUGAAGAGGAAGAUCAUCGGAUUAAGCCAUUGCUUUUGAGAGAAAAGGAAACAAGAGAUAGGUAGAGGCUGAGGAAGAGAGUGCUGUUAAGAGGAGACUUCGGUUCAUUAUAUUGACGAAAAUUUUCAAUAUUAUUGGGAGAAAAAAGGUUUACUAUAUUCCUUUUCUUCACGCAUAUAUGCUUCUUAUUUCUUUCUCAAAGAUAUGAUAUUUCCCUUUACAUACAUAUGUUUGUUUCAUUGACGUUAUAAAGUACAAACAGUUCAGGGAAUUCAGGGAUACACAAUUGACUACCAAGACUAUAGGGGAAUAUACCCGAGGAUAUCUAAACUAAUAACAGAAUAUGUAUAUCAUCUAAUACUUUCCAUUCACAAUAAGUACUAAAAAAUUAACAAAUUCAUGUACUAAUCGCUUAUACUCGAACGCGCACCAAGCGGUAACCGCAUGUCGUAGCGUUCACUAAUUAAAGUUUUCUUUUUGUUAUAAAUUUUAUUUUUCAAUAAAACAAAUAUCAAAUCUUUCUUUUUAAUUAAAAAAAAGAUAUAUGUUUACCCAAAAAAUGAGAUAUUGCAAAAUCAAUUUCCUUGGUUGGAUUUGCUUUGGUCCUAUAUAAAUGCAAACACGGUUAGAAACUUAACAUCAUAACACAACCCUAAAUAAUUCUCCUGUAAUGGACGGCUUACCUGGACAUCUCCUAAACAAGGUUCUCUUCAAGACAGAUCUCAGAGCUCUGGCUAUGUUGUGUUGCACAAAUACAUCACUCCAGUCCCAUAUACACGAUCCUUCUUUUGUAUCUGAGUACUGUUCUCAGAUCAGAUCCAGUUUGCUUUAUAUCUCCUCUUAUGGCUCAACUUAUCUAGGCUGCCACCACCCUCACGGCGGUUCUAGGUCACUCACAACCAUAGAUUUUUUAAUGGAGUGUCAUAUUUUGGAAUGCUGCUCAGGCCUUCUUCUACUUUUCAUUGAUGAUCGUCUAUGCGUGACAAACCCCAUUAGGAAGAAGUUUCGAUUCUUGACUCGUCGGGACAAAAGAAAGCAGCUAGGGCUCGUGGUUAAUCAGCUUGAUCGAACCACACAGAAUUUCAAAGUUGUGUACAUAUUCGAGGGGUCUCUUCACUGGCUAAGAAACGACGGAAGCAUCAUAGCUUUCAACCCCGAAACAGAGCAAGCACGGCUGAUCCAGACUGACUUCCCCCGGGGAUUGACUUCGAGAACGCUCUUUGCAUCCGGAGUUAAUAGCUUGACUUUGGUAUCAGCCAAUGAGAAAGUCAUUUACGUUUAUGCACUCAGAAACAUUCUCAGUGAUCCCAAGUGGGUCCUCGAGAAGCAGAUCCAGAACGGAGUGAUUGACAAAAAUAUAGUUACUUGGUACGUAGAAGCUUACAACGGAAAGUGUUUAGUGUUACGAACUUGUUAUGAUGGAGUAGUUCAUGUGUACGACUUGAGUGCUAGCAAGUGGGCAGUCAUGGCUUCGGUUCCAAUUUGGUACGAUGCGAAUCUAGAUUUCUUUCUGUUCACACCUUCACUUUAUUCUGUGGUAGGACUUGAUGAUAUAUUGGCUUGUGGUGAUAGAGGCAUCUCCUCUCUAAGCUCGAUUAUGACACUGGUUGAUAGAAGCUCACCAGAAAAUCAGCUUAUGAAAAUGUCGGUUGACGAAAAGGAAGAGGUGAAAUUACAUCUGGGAAUGUUAUUUGAAUGAGCAAAAUACCAACAACAAAAGAAGAGUGGUGUAGACACAUUCGUAUUUUGUGAGGAACAUGUGUCUUUUGGUGAUUUGGUUAAUGGAACAUGGCACUGUUUUAUGUUUUCUUCUCUCUAUUCGUUCACUAUAUAUGUCAUUUUGUUUUGUGCAGUUUUUAAAAUUUGAAAGUUUUGAUAAAAAGAUGAUAGGGCAGGAGGGUUUAUUGGAUUCAAUUGAGAGGGGUUGGAGGGAAUCGGCGGCGGAGAAUUCCGGGGUUUUGUAUAAAAAAUUAUUAAUUGUCGACAUGAGAUUUUUACAUGGCGAAAAAAUAAUCCACCAUAUGGAAAGGAAAAAAUUAGUGAGCUGCAACAAGCUUUGGAAGAGGUCCAAAAUGAUAAUAAUAGAACCCAAGAGGACAUAUUGGAGGUCUCUAGGAAAUUGCAGGAAGCGUAUAAAGACGAGGAAGAGUAUUGGCAACAGAAAAGUCGCAAUAUGUGGCAUAUUGCAGGGGAUUUGAAUACUAAGUUAUAUCAUGCCCUGACAAAACAACGUCGGGCUCGUAAUAGAAUUUUUGGCCUAUAUGAUACGAAUGGUGAUUGGAUUAUCGAGGAACAAGGUGUAGAGAAGGUAGCAGUAGAUUAUUUUGGAGAAUUGUUUCAGACUACCUCUCCUACGGAGUUUGAUGGCUUUUUGGAUGAGAUUAAUUCUACGAUUACCCCACAGAUGAAUCAGAGGUUAAUCCGGCUGGCAACUGAGGAGGAAGUACGUCAAGCUUUGUUCAUGAUGCAUCCGGAAAAAGCCCCAGGACCGGAUGGGAUGACGGCUCUUUUCUUUCAGCAUUCUUGGCAUAUAAUA